UUCUCUUUCAAUGGCGGAAACUACGAGAAGACCAAGGAUCACAAUCAAAAUAGUUACGUGCUUUGAAACCAGAUGGCUCCAAUACUCCAUUACAGUCCCCACAUCUACCAUGCCCCCAGUUCCUUCUCCUAGUAGAUUGCCCACCUUGUGUUUGUAUAAACUACCCAUAAAGGACUCCACUUUUCAGCCAUUCUCUUUGCUGCUCUUACUGUGAGUUUCAUUUUGUUUUGCAAUGGCUGUAGCAAUUUUUUCUUGUGGGUGCAUUUCUGGGAUUUUCUCCAAUUCUAAGUUGAUUGGGAGGCAACCCAAUUUCAGUCAUGGUAUUCUCAGAGGUCCUUCCUCACUAGGUCCACUUCAAACAACAUAUAGUGUUUCAAAGAGGUUGGCAUUGUGUUCAAGUUCAAUCAUUCCAAAAGCAUCAUCAGCCACUGUUGAGAAUGAAAGCUCACAAGGGGCUGCUGAACUUCCAAUACCUAAAGUCAUAAUAGAUUUGGAUUCCGAUCCUGAUGCAACGGUAGUAGAGAUCACAUUUGGGGAUCGUCUUGGGACACUUCUAGAUACAAUGAGUGCACUGAAGAAUCUUGGGCUUAAUGUUGUUAAGGCAAAUGUCUAUCUUGAUUCCUCUGGAAAGCACAACAAGUUUGCCAUCACCAAAGCAUCCACAGGUAGAAAAAUCAAGGACCCAGAGUUGUUGGAAGCAAUUCGCUUGACAAUUAUUAACAAUAUGCUCGCAUACCAUCCAGAAUCAAGUUCUCAGUUAGCUAUGGGGGAAGCUUUUGGUGUUUCUCCACCAAAUCAGAAGAUCGAUGUAGACAUAGCAACUCACAUUCACGUCUACAAUGAUGGUCCUGAACGGAGUUUACUCUGUGUAGAGACAGCAGACAGGCCUGGAUUAAUAGUUGAUCUUGUAAAGAACAUUACUGACAUAAACAUUGACGUCGAAUCAGGGGAGUUUGACACUGAGGGAUUGUUGGCUAAAGCAAAAUUUCACGUCAGUUACAAGGGCAAAGCUCUUAUCAGGCCCCUUCAACAGGUUCUUGAAAAUAGUUUGCGGUAUUUUUUGAGGAGACCAACCACAGAAGAUGCUAGUUUUUGAUACUAUAAGUCGCAGUCUGCAGAAGAUAAUGACAGAAUAAAACCGCCAUAGUAAGUCUGCUCGUUGGCUGCUGUUAUAGAAUGAAUGAAUGAAUGCAUGCAUGCAUGCCUGGAAGCAAUUAUGUUAAUUAUUGUAAAUUUCUGUUACAAACAAACAAUCAAUUCCUAGGUAUUACAAUGUGCACAUAAUAUACACAUGAAUUCUAGUGCUGUAGUUUGUACAA